AUGGAUGUGUGGGGCCCAGCCCCCGUCCGUGGGCAGGGUUACGAGCGCUACUUCCUGUUGGUGGUUGACGACUACUCGCGUUACACCACAGUCCUCCCCUUGCGCAGCAAGGGUGCGGUCACUGAGGUGCUGAUCGACUGGAUCCGCGAGGCUCGUCUCCAGCUCAGGAAGAGCUUCGGCUCGGACUUUCCUGUUCUGCGUCUGCACUCUGACAGAGGCGGAGAGUUCUCUUCUCGCCUUCUGCGAGACUACUGUCGUGCACGGGGGAUCCGCCAGACCUUCACGCUUCCGGACUCACCACAGCAAAAUGGGAUUGCUGAGCGCCGCAUUGGCAUGGUCAUAGAUGUCGCUCGUACGUCCAUGAUGCAUGCGGCUGCCCCCCAUUUUCUGUGGCCGUUUGCGGUGAGGUACGCGGCGCAUCAGCUCAACCUUCACCCCCGGGUCUCUCGGCCAGCGAUGUCCCCAGCCUUGCUGUGGACGGGGAAGGUUGGCGAUGCGUCUGUGUUCCGUGUCUGGGGAUCUCGGGCGUUUGUCCGCGACUUGUCUGCGGACAAGCUGUCCCCUCGUGUCUUCCUUGGCUUCCCCACUGACGCCCCAGGGUGGCAGUUUUACCACCCCUCCUCUCGUCGUGUUCUGUCCUCCCAGGACGUCACGUUCGACGAGUCAGUCCCCUUCUACCGUCUCUUCCCCUACCGCACUCCUUCCCUCCCCCCUCCCCCGGACUUCCUUGUGCCGGUUUCCCCCCCGGUAGACCCCCUCCCCCCUCAGGUUCCUGCCCCCUCAGGUGUGUCCCAGGUAGACGCCGUUGACCCGGUCGAGGUUACUGGUGACUCUGGUGCUGCUGCGGGUGCUGAGCCUGGGGGUGCUGACUCUGGGGGUGCUGUGCGCGGGGGUGCUGAGCCUGGGGGUGCUACUGCUGGGGGUGCUGGGCCUGAGGGUGCUACUGCGGAGGGUGCGGAGCCUGGGGGUGCUGAGCCGGGGGGUGCUGUGCCUGGAGGUGCUGGGUCUGGGGGUGCUGGGUCGGGAGCUGCUGAGCCUGGGGGUGCUGAGCUGGGAGCUGCUGAGCCUGGGGGUGCUGCGUCUGGAGCUGCUGAGCCUGGGGUUUCUCCUGCUGCUGCGUCUCGCCGGGAGCCCCUCUCUCCACAGGAGCUGCGCGAGUGGUUCGCUCGCCGCUGGAGGCGUGCUGCUGAGUCUGGAGGUGCUGCUGGAGCUGGAGCUGGAGCUUCUUCGACCGUCGAGGGUGCGGGUGCAGCCGGUCCCGGAGCUGCUGGCCCUGCAGGUCCUCCUGGAGCUGGAGCUGCUGAGGGCGUUCGUGCUGAGCCUGCUGCUGUUGGUCCUGCCGCUGGAGGUGUGGGUGGCGCUGGUGCUGUCGCUGAGGGUGCUGGUGCUGUCCCUGCUGAGUCUGGAGCUGCCGCGCGGCCUCGGCCGUACUUCGUUCCGCUCCUUCAGCAGGUUCUUGGUCUUUCUCCUCCAGUAGAGGGUCCACCGCCUGUCCAGUCGCAGCCCCUACUGGAGCCUUCCUCUCCACUGCCUGCUCCCUCUCCUUACACUGGUCCUACUGGAGGUCUUGCUGAGCGUCGUGAGCCUGCGUCUCGUCCCGCGUCGCCUGUUCGUGCUGCUCGCGCUAGUGGUCGCAGUUCGCGUCAGCGUCCUCCUCCUGUCCCUGGCACGCACCGGAUGUCUUUACGUCCGUCCACUGCUCCUCUGCGUGCCCCUUUGCCUUCUCCUCCUGAGUCCUCUCUUCCUGCGCUUGCGGACCCUGAGUCGGACUGUCUUCGUGCUGCCAGUCCCACUGUCACGCGUCUGCUUGCUACUGUCGUCACUGACCCCUCUUUUGAGUCCACUGCUGCGUCUGCUCUAGUCGCUGAGUUCGUCGACUUUGCUGCUCGCUGUCGUCUCGACUACGCUGCUAGUCUUGUUGCUGAGUCUGCGUCUGUCUGUCCUCCGUCCGUCGGGGGUGAGUGUGCUCUUGGCACGGACGUCCUAGAGGACAGGCAGGAGGAGUUACAGUGCCUAGCGGCUGCUUCACCUCAUCUCGCGUCUGUACUGCUUGCCCCUGAGGGAGACCCGGAUGCACUAGACAUCCCGACUCCGCGUUCUUACGCGGAGGCCGUAGAGGGUCCCUACUCCUCUCAGUGGCAGGCAGCUAUGGAUGCAGAGAUGGCUUCCUGGAAGUCCACAGGCACCUACGUUGACGCGGUUCCCCCUCCUGGGGCGAACAUCGUCAGUGGCAUGUGGAUCUUCAGGGUGAAGCGGCCGCCGGGCUCUCCACCUGUCUUCAAGGCACGGUACGUUGCUCGUGGCUUCAGUCAGCGGCAGGGAGUUGACUACUUUCAGACCUUCUCUCCCACCCCGAAGAUGACUACUCUUCGGGUGCUGCUGCACAUAGCCGCUCAGCGCGACUACGAGCUUCACUCUCUCGACUUCAGCACUGCGUUCUUGCAGGGUAGCCUGCACGAGGAGAUCUGGCUUCGCCGUCCACCUGGCUUCACUGGGACUUUCCCUCCUGGCACCCUGUGGAGCCUCCGACGGCCAGUCUACGGUCUCCGCCAGGCACCGCGUGAGUGGCACGACACACUGAGGACUACGCUUGCGGCUCUUGGGUUUGCUCCUUCUACUGCUGACCCGUCGCUGUUUCUUCGCACCGACACUUCCCUGCCGCCGUUCUACAUCCUCGUGUACGUCGACGACCUGGUCUUUGCCACAGCGGACACUGCUGGACUCGCCUACGUGAAGUCCGAGCUGUUGAAGAGACACACGUGCACAGACCUGGGUGAACUGCGCAGCUACCUUGGCUUGCAGAUCACUCGGGACAGAGCACGCCGCACCAUUACCUUGACUCAGUCACACAUGGUGCAGCAGGUCCUUCAGCGCUUCGGCUUCACGUACUCCUCGCCUCAGGCCACUCCUCUGCCUACUCGCCACUCACUCUCAGCUCUGCCUUCGGAUGAGUCCGUAGAGUCGAGUGGUCCGUAUGCGGAGCUUGUUGGCUGCCUCAUGUACCUGAUGACCUGCACACGACCUGACCUUGCAUACCCUCUGAGCAUUCUUGCACGCUAUGUUGCUCCUGGGAGACACAGACCGGAGCACAUGGCUGCAGCGAAGAGGGUAUUGCGCUACCUGUGCAGUACGUCGGGCAUGGGGCUAGUGCUUGGAGGGCGGAGUCCAGUGGUCCUUACCGGCCACGCGGACGCUUCUUGGGCUGACGACCAGGCUACGCAGCGGUCGUCACAGGGUUACACCUUCAGCCUUGGUUCCGGCUCUGUCUCGUGGCGGUCUACUCGCUCGUCUUCGGUUCUCGGCUCCAGUUGUGAGGCUGAGAUCUACGCCGGGGCCAUGGCUGCACAGGAGCUUCGCUGGCUCACCUACCUGCUGACUGACCUUGGAGAGCCGCCUCGUUCUCCUCCAGUGCUGUACGUAGACAACAAGGCCAUGCUGGCCUUGUGUCGAGAGCAGCGCUUGGAGCACAGAACGAAGCACAUUGCUCUCCGCUACUUCCUUGCUCGUGAGCUGCAGCAGCGUGGUCAGUUGCGACUUGCGUACGUGGCCUCUGAGGCCAACACUGCUGAUGUGUUCACCAAGGCACUUGCGCCUUGUGACCAUCAGCGCUUCUGCACCCAGCUGGCUUUGCUUUGUCUUGCUUGA